UUGCGAGUCAUAGGUUCCCAUUUCAAACUUCUCUUUGACCCUGCUUCCAGCACCCUAGGGCCCUAGCCCUGCUUUACUUGGGGUGCCGUGGGACACAAAUGAUGGCUGUCCCAUGUCCAGGGUUGGCCUUGUCUGUGGCAUGUGAGCACUACCCUUGUGAGACCAAGUAUCUAGCAGUCCCCUAAGCUUCAUGAGGGCAACUCCAAGGAUACCUUUCUGUGCUGGUGCUGACGGCCUCUUCACUUGGCUGACAUGGUGAAAGGUGUUGCUAAAAGAAUGCUGAAGCUAGGUUGUCAUUGGAAGAACAGAUUGGGUGGUGGCCCAGCAGGUUAGGCUGCUGAAGAUCAUGAACAACAUGGUGGCACUGCCCUCUAUGGGCCAUUUUGGCAAUAUCAGUUAUUUUUUGGUUGUCAAGAAUUUAAGGGGGGAUGUAUGGGGCAUUUAGUCGGUCUGGGCAGGAUGCUAGACAUUCUCAGAUACUCAAGACAUCUCUUGCUAGGAAGAAUUCCCAAGACAAAUUUUGGAUGACUUAGAUGGUUAUUGUGCAUGUUGAAGUCCUUAUUGAGCCUGGAACUAUCUUUUUAUGUAUAAACAUGAAUUUGUACAUUUUGAAGAAGACUUGAUUUGUCAGGUAUGAACUUCUAUGAAAAUUAAAACAGAUUUGUCAUGUUCAUUGCUUUACCAAGAGUUUGUCGGCCAUUUUGCGACAUCAAGUCACCACUUGAUCAAGUACUGAAGGUAGCAUCUGAGUUACUCAGUUGCCAGUUAAGUCCCAUUAUUAGCUGCCACAGUAGCUGUCACAUCCUCAAAGAUUCUACAUAUGGGUGUGGGACUUGGAAUGCUCCGUUGUCUUCUGGUUUAUCCAUGUCCAAGCUUUUAGGCAUUAAAAUACAUGUUGUUAUAAAUGUAUUUCUUACAGAGAAUAUAUAACAUGGAGUUUGGGUCAUAGUUGUGUGUGAUUUGGGGCAUAUUAUCCAUGAGGUUUUUGCCAUUCCCCGCCCCCCCAGUACUGGGGAUUGGACCCUGAGGCCUUUUAACCCUGAGCUACAUCCCCAGUUUUUUUUUGAGACAGGGUCUCCCUAACUUGCCCCCAGGCUGGCCUCUAACUUGUGAUCCUCCUUCCUCAGCCUCUGAAGUUGUUGGAAUUACAGCUGUGCUCCACUGCAUCCAGCUCAUAUGAGUUUCAUUUUGAGAUGAUCCAGGGACCUGUCCUGAUAUGGUUGAAAAGUGUGGAUCUAAUAGGGAUGGUUAUAAAUGGUUGUGGGAGGAAAUAGUCUGCAAAACCUUUCCAGGCUAUUUUGAUAGUUGUCCAUGUUCUCCUACCUUCCAGAGCCUGGUCUAGGAGCAGGGAAUGAAGAUUCUUGGGGGAGGGGUCCAGAACUCAGCUCCCCAGUUAAUGGCUGAUGGAAUUUGCACAAGAACUGGGCAAAGGUGAAAGGGCCGCGUCCAGCCCCAAAACCCUCAUCCCUUUGCUCCGCUUCAUUGAAACCCCCACCCCCUCCCCACUUCUGGCAACUAACCUCACCCAAACUCCUACCUCUUACUCUGUACUUAACUCUGGCUCAGGGCAGCCAAGAUACCACAAAGGCAGGGCAGCAUGAGCCGAUCACACCUUCAUCCCAUUCCACUCCACUCUGUGGGCUCCCAGGAUGCCCCAGUUUCCCUACCACGGCCACUGGCUGUUCCCCAGAAUUCCUCUUCCCACACUUGGGCCUCUCCAUGUGGGCCUCCCACCUGGGGCCUCAGCUGUCUUCUGGCUCUGCAGCAUUUCCUGGUCCUGGCUUCUCUGCUCUGUGCCUCCCACCUGCUCCUGCUUCGUAGUCUUCCCCCAGGAGGACUCUCUUACCCGCCUGCUCAGCUCCUGGCCUCCAGUUUCUUUUCAUGUGGUGUGUCUACAGUCCUACAAACUGGGAUGGGCAGCAGGCUGCCUCUUGUCCAGGCUCCAUCCUUAGAGUUCCUUAUCCCUGCUCUGGUGCUGACCAGCCAGAAGCUACCUCUGGCCAUCCAGACACCUGGAAAUAGCUCCGUUGUGUUGCACCUGUGUAGGAGGCCUGGCUGCCACAGCCGGGAGCUCUGGAACACUUCUCUUCGAGAGGUUUCAGGGGCAGUGGUGGUAUCUGGGCUGCUGCAAGGCAUGCUGGGGCUGCUAGGGGCCCCUGGACGCCUGUUCCUACACUGUGGGCCCCUGGUGCUGGCCCCCAGCCUGGUUGUGGCAGGGCUCUCUGCCCACAGGGAGGUGGCCCAAUUCUGCUCUGCUCACUGGGGCCUGGCCUUGCUGCUUAUCCUGCUCAUGGUGGUCUGUUCUCAGCACCUGGGCUCCUUCCAGGUACCCCCAUGUCCCUGGAGGCCAACUUCAACCUUUUCAACUCAUAUUCAUGUCCCUGCCUUUCGGUUCCUCUCGGUGCUGAUCCCUGUGGCCUGUGUGUGGCUCAUUUCUGCCCUCCUGGGUCUCAGCAUCAUCCCCCUGCAGCUGUCUGCCCCCACCCAGGCACCAUGGUUUUGGCUGCCUCACCCAGGAGAAUGGGACUGGCCCUUGUUGACACCCAGGGCUCUAACUGCAGGCAUCUCUAUGGCCCUGGCAGCCUCCACCAGUUCCCUGGGCUGCUAUGCUCUGUGUGGCCAGCUGCUGCACUUGCCUCCUCCACCUCCACAUGCUUGCAAUCGAGGGCUGAGCCUGGAGGGGCUGGGCAGUGUGCUGGCUGGGCUGCUGGGGAGCCCCAUGGGCACAGCAUCCAGCUUCCCUAAUGUGGGCACAGUGAGUCUUUUCCAGUAUCUCUUCCUGCAGGCUGGAUCUCAGAGAGUGACCCACAUAGUGGGGCUGCUCUGCAUGGGGCUUGGGCUCUCCCCUAGGCUGGCUCAGUUCCUCACUACAAUCCCGCUGCCUGUGCUUGGUGGGGUACUAGGGGUGACCCAGGCUGUGGUUCUGUCUGCUGGAUUCUCCAGUUUCCACCUAGCUGACAUUGACUCUGGACGGAAUGUCUUCAUUGUGGGCUUUUCCAUCUUUAUGGCCCUGUUGCUGCCAAGAUGGCUUCGGGAAGCCCCAGUCCCAUUUAACACAGGCUGGAGCCCCUUGGAUGUGUUACUGUGCUCUCUGCUGGCAGAGCCCAUCUUUCUGGCUGGACUCUUGGGCUUUCUUCUGGAGAACACUAUUUCUGGUACAAGGCUUGAGCGGGGCCUCAGUCAGGGGCUGCUAUCUUCUUUUGUUGCCCAAGAGACUCAAAUGUCUCAGAAGUCCAGGGAGAAGGCUGCUCAAGAAUAUGGGCUUCCUUUCCCCAUUCAAGACAUGUGUCCCUGCAUUCCCCAGCCCCUUCAUUUCCUCUGUCCAAUGCCUGAAGACCUUGGGGAUGAGGAAGGAGGGCCAUCUGAGCCAGGAGAGACCGCAGACUUGUUGCCUGGCUGUGGGGAGUCAUGCCCUGCAUCUAGCAGAGAAGGAUUUAGGUCAAAGUAAUUAUCAAGACUCCUCUUUCUGCUUUCAUUGAGAAUCAGCUCCCAGGCUCAGAGGGACUGUGUAUGUGUCAUGGGCCCACCUAGAGGUCUCAUUUCCCAGUAGGAUGGGUUGCCUUUUCUUCUCUUAAUUAGGCCUAUUAUAGAGCAGGGGCCAUGGUUUAGUGGAUCAUGAUGAAUGAAUGAGAUUUUUCCUAUAAACUAUUAAUGUCAUCUGAACCCUAGCAUUCACUUAAUAAAUAUUAAUGCUUCUCA